AUGGCUAGCGUUCCAACUGAGAAAUCGGCUGAUGAGAAAAAAAAUGAUAAACUUGCAACAGCUAUCUUACAAACUAAAGCUAAACCAAAUCGUUUGAUGGUAGACCAAUCAGGUGAUGAUGAUAAUUCUACUAUUUUCUUAAACCAAACUAAAGUUGACGAACUUGGGCUCUUCCGUGGUGAUACUGUUCUUAUCAAAGGAAAAAAAAGACGUGAGACAGUUGCGAUUGUUGUUGUUGACGAUGAGUGUCCUGUUGAUAAAAUUAAAAUGAAUCGUGUUGUUCGUAACAAUCUUCGUAUUCGUUUGGGAGAUUUUGUACUUAUUAAUCCUCUUCCAAAUAUUUCUUAUGGAGAACGUGUGCAUAUUCUUCCAAUUGAUGAUACUGUUGAGGGAUUAACUGGAAAUUUAUUCGAAGUUUUCUUGAAACCAUAUUUUACUGAAAAUUAUAGACCAGUAUGCAUUGGUGAUAUUUUCUCUGUAAAAGCUGCAAUGAGGACUGUUGAAUUCAAGGUUGUUAAUGCACAACCAUCUCCUUAUUGUAUUGUUGCCCCAGAUACCAUGAUUCAUUGUGAGGGUGAUCCAAUUAAACGUGCUGAUGAGGAGGAGAAUUUGAAUGAAAUUGGGUAUGAUGAUAUUGGUGGUGUUCGCAAGCAAUUGGCUCAGAUUAAAGAAAUGGUUGAACUUCCACUAAGACAUCCACAAUUGUUCAAGUCAAUAGGUAUUAAACCUCCACGUGGUAUUCUUUUAUAUGGACCACCUGGUACAGGUAAAACAAUGAUUGCUCGUGCUGUAGCAAAUGAAACUGGAGCAUUCUUUUUCCUCAUUAAUGGUCCUGAAAUUAUGAGUAAGAUGUCUGGUGAGUCAGAAUCUAAUCUUCGUAAGGCUUUUGCUGAAUGUGAAAAAAAUAGUCCUUCAAUAUUGUUUAUUGAUGAAGUUGACGCAAUUGCUCCAAACAGGGAAAAAACUCAUGGAGAAGUUGAGAGACGUAUUGUUUCACAAAUGCUUACACUUAUGGAUGGUAUUAAACAACGUAACAACGUCGUUGUUAUUGCUGCCACAAACAGACCAAAUUCUAUUGAUCCGGCUCUUCGUCGUUUUGGACGUUUUGAUAGAGAAAUUGACAUUGGAAUUCCUGAUGCUAUUGGAAGACUUGAGAUCUUAAGAAUUCAUACAAAGAAUAUGAAACUUGCUGAUGAUGUAAAUCUUGAAACUAUUGCCAAUGAAUGUCAUGGUUAUGUUGGUGCUGAUUUAGCAUCUUUAUGUUCUGAAGCUGCUAUCCAACAAAUUCGUGAGAAAAUGGAACUUAUUGAUUUGGAAGAUGAUACAAUCGAUGCCGAGGUUCUUAACUCUUUAGCGGUUACAAUGGAUAACUUCCGUUUCGCUUUGAAUAAGAAUUCACCAUCUGCUUUGAGAGAGACAGUUGUUGAAACACCAAAUGUUACAUGGGAAGAUAUUGGAGGACUUGAAAAUGUUAAGAGAGAAUUACAAGAAUUAGUACAAUAUCCAGUUGAGCAUCCAGAGAAAUAUCUUAAAUUUGGAAUGCAACCAUCACGUGGUGUACUUUUCUAUGGACCACCUGGAUGUGGUAAAACACUUCUUGCUAAAGCUAUUGCUAAUGAAUGUCAAGCUAAUUUUAUAAGUAUCAAGGGACCAGAACUUUUAACCAUGUGGUUUGGUGAAUCUGAAGCUAAUGUUCGUGAUGUAUUUGAUAAAGCUCGUGCUGCCGCUCCAUGUGUAUUAUUCUUUGAUGAAUUGGAUUCAAUUGCUAUUUCUCGUGGAGGAAGAUCUGGUGAUGCUGGUGGUGCUGCAGAUCGUGUUAUCAAUCAAGUUCUUACUGAAAUGGAUGGUAUUGGUGCUAAGAAAAAUGUCUUUAUUAUUGGAGCUACUAAUAGACCAGAUAUUAUUGAUUCUGCUAUCCUUCGUCCUGGACGUCUUGACCAACUUAUUUACAUCCCAUUACCUGAUGAAGCUUCUCGUCUUCAAAUUUUCAAAGCCAAUCUUAAGAAGUCACCAAUUGCCAAAGAUGUUGACCUUAAAUAUUUGGCUCAAAAUACUAUUGGAUUUUCUGGAGCUGAUAUCACAGAAAUUUGUCAAAGAGCUUGUAAAUUAGCUAUACGUGAAUCUAUUGAAAAGGAAAUUAGAAUGGAAAAAGAACGUGCAGAACGCCAGGCUAGAGGAGAAGAAGUUAUGGAGGAUGAAAAUGACCCAGUUCCAGAAUUAACAAGACAGCACUUUGUAGAAGCAAUGAAAUACGCUAGACGUUCAGUUUCUGAUAAUGAUAUUGUAAAAUAUGAAUCAUUCUCUGAAACACUUCAACAACAACGUGGAUUUGGAAAUAAUUUCAGUUUUCCUACUGACGGAACUCACAAUGUUGGUGGACAUUCAGCACCUCAACCAUCUAAUGAUGAUGAUGACUUAUAUGCUUAA